AUGUUCAAAGUUCUUGUGUUGUGUUCUAUUUCGGUCGCAUAUGCUUUUCCAUUUUUCACUUGGAAUCAACCUGUAUGGUCGUGGCCACAAUUAGGGUAUAUAAAAUUUAAUUUGGGUUUGCAAAAAAUUAUCAGAUUUUCAGCUAUAAUCAACAACAACAACAACAACCACAGAAUAUGUACCAGAAUCAGUAUCAAGAUCCAAGUCAGAACGUAAUUCCAGUCAUUUAUGUUGUAGCUGAACAAGACUAUGAUGGUUCUGGAAAUUCAACAUCAGCAGAAGGAUCAGGAAUUUCAGCCGAGUAAGUUGUUGGGAACUUUUGAAUCUGACUCCCGAAUCAGCAUUAGGAUGUCAAAAAAAUUUUAUUCAAAAUUUCAUAGAACCCGAUUCAAAACUCUUUUUUCAUGUUCAAUUCAUUUGUUUCCAAAAUUUCUAAUUUUCAGAAUAGUGAUUGACUACAUUCAAUCAGAUGAUGGCUCGGGAACAGAGUAAGUGUUUUUUGAUCAACAAGGUUAACCUAUUUUCUAGCCUAUACUUGAUUCUUUUCGCCUCAUUCUCUAUUUAAGUGCCCCUAUUCCAAUAUUAUCUGAUAACACUUGCAUAACAUUUGAUUGUUUUGCAGAUACCAAACUACGAAUGAUAAUACAACUUCGAUCGAAAACAAUUAUUGA